GCUGCAGUUUCACAGUUACACACAGUUACAGCUAACAGCUAGCUACAACUACACAAGAGAACUCGCGUGACUUACACACACACACACUAACAGAUUUUACUGCCUAUGCGUGUGUGUUGCAUUUACCGUUACACAGUUUUAUAUACACACAAAGUGUUUACUUUAGUGCGAAAAAUGCUGCAAAAUUCAUAAGUGUCUCAAGUGCUAACAAGUGCCGCGAUCCACCAAAAAAGAUACAAUAUCCAUCAGAUACAAAUUAUCUGCUGUGUUUUUAACUCUCUCUCUCCAAUACACACUCUCUCCAAAGCAAAAAGCUUUGCCAAAAUGCUUGUCGGCUCACAUCCGUAUCUAUGCAAUGGCGUUCUGCCGCCUGUCACCGCUGUUGUUGCUCCCAAUAGCAACAACAAUAACAAUAACAACAACACAGCCACGGCAACGGCAACAGCAACAACAACGACGAGUAACAAAAGUGCCGCCGGCUCAGCAACGGAUUUCUCGAUAGCUGCAAUCAUGGCACGCGAGGAUGCCUCCAGUCGGGAGUCCUCAGUGCGCAGUGCAAGUCCCAUUUCGGUUGAGGAUGAAGUUGACGUUGAUGUUGUUGACUGCAGCGAUGCUGAAGAGCCGCCAACAAAGGCGCGUCGUCUUAACCACCAUCAUCAUCAUCAUCACAAUCACAAUCACCACAGCAACAAUAACAACCACAGCCACAGCAACAACAACAACAACAGUGUGGCACACAUCAAUUCGAAUCACAAGAGUCGCCAAAGCAACGGCGCCAACAAUUCAGCGACUGAAUCGCAGCUAAACACAAGCUCCACAAGCAGCCAAGGACGCUGCUCGACGCCACCGCAAUCGCCGGGUACCGAGGACAGCGAGGAGCGUUUGACACCCGAACCGGUGCAGAAGGCACCGAAAAUUGUUGGUUCCUGUAAUUGUGAUGAUCUCAAGCCGGUGCAAUGCCAUUUGGAGACCAAAGAGCUGUGGGAUCGCUUUCACGAAUUGGGCACCGAGAUGAUCAUUACCAAAACUGGAAGACGCAUGUUCCCCACGGUGCGCGUUUCAUUCUCGGGACCGUUGCGUCAGAUACAACCUGCCGAUCGUUAUGCCGUGCUGCUGGACAUAAUACCAAUGGACUCGAAACGCUAUCGUUAUGCAUAUCAUCGGUCCGCAUGGCUGGUGGCUGGCAAGGCAGACCCAGCGCCUCCGGCCCGUCUCUAUUCCCAUCCAGACAGCCCCUUCAGCUGCGAGGCGCUGCGCAAACAAGUUAUCUCCUUUGAGAAGGUCAAGCUGACUAAUAACGAAAUGGAUAAGAACGGACAGAUUGUGCUCAACUCGAUGCAUCGCUAUCAGCCGCGCAUUCAUUUGGUGCGCCUGGCACAUGGCCAGAGCAUUCCCAGCAAUCCCAAGGAGCUGCAGGAUCUGGACCACAAGACCUAUGUGUUUCCGGAGACAGUGUUCACGGCUGUCACCGCCUAUCAGAAUCAGCUGAUUACCAAAUUGAAAAUCGACUCAAAUCCAUUUGCCAAGGGUUUCCGUGACUCGUCACGUCUCACCGACUUCGAUCGCGAUCCCAUGGAAGCAUUGCUGCUGGAGCAGCAAUUGCGCUCCCCGUUGCGUCUGUUCCCCGAUCCGCUGAUGCAACAGUUUGCCGCCCAACAAGGUGGCGCCGAUCCUGCCUCGAUGGCGCUGUUCGAGAAAGCGCGUCAGCAUCUGCAAAUGUUUGGCGGCAAUUCGCCGUACGCUCAGCUCAUGAUGCCGCAAAUGUAUCAAGCUGCCGCCGCUGCACCCCCGCCACCUGGUCUUGGCGCCUUUCACAUGUUCCAGCAGCAAUGGCCGCAGCUAACCGCCGGCUUUUUGGCCAGCGCCAAUCAGCAGGCGGCCGCCGCUCAAGCCGCUGCCCAAGCGCAGGCGCAAGCUCAAGCCGCCGCCGCAGCGAUGGCGGCGAAUCGCACACCACCGCCUCCGCCAACAGCCUCCACCCCCUCGUCCACAUCGUCGGGAUCGCCGUCGCCCGAUAUGCGACCUCGGCAAUUUCAACGCUUCAGUCCAUAUCAGCUGCCAGCGCAGUCAGCGCCGCCGCCGCCGCCCCAUGGAGCGGGAUCGCCGCCAGCGCCCGCCUCUCGCAGCCCCGCCCACUAGACAAACCAGGCUGGCAUUUGCCCAAAAACAGUAUUAAUCCAAAAAAGAAGAAGAAGAAUGCGAAAGAAAAAAAAACUCAACAAAGUAAAUGUUAUAAAUUAUUUGUUAUACACUAUCUAUAUAUCUCGUUCUCUCCUCUUUUCUCUCAACUCUCGUUUCUUUUUAUUGUAUAAAAUUUCAUUUUCGACCCAUGUACAGUUAAAAAUGUUGUGCUAGUAAAUUUUUGUGUAAAUUAGUUAAAACAUAUUGUAAAAAUGUUUCAAUGUUGUUCGAAAACUCAUCUCAGUGUAAAGUUUAAAGCAAAAUUCUAAAAAAUCAAAAACAACAAAAAAAAAUUUAAAUCUGCUUCAUCUUUGUAAACACUAAACGUUAGUUAUGCUAUCUAUAAAUAUAUAAAUAUAAAUAAAUUAAUAAUAU